AUGGAGAACGUUGUAUUGCAUUGUUGCAUGGGUGCUCCUGCAAUCCAUCCGGUCGCCGGUCCUGCAGGGCCCGUAAUCGAUCUAGGCUACAAUCUACAGCAAGCAACCUCUGUAACGACCGUACCAAACGCCUACGACGUCUACCUCUUCUAUGACGUCCGCUACGCUGCUUCCACCACCGGCGCCAACCGCUUCAGAGCUCCCCAGGCGCCUCCAUCAAACCGCUCCGCAGUCCAGACGGGCGGCCAGCAUUGGUCAUGUCCCCAGGCAGGCGAAGCAUGGGGCUCGAUCACGGGCUCAUUCAUGCAGCAAUACAACUACGGCCAAGGCAAGACGACGUUCAAUCCUUCUGACUUUCCACCUGCGGGACCGCCGAAUACUACUCCAGAUGCGAGAACGACUGAGGACUGCUUGUUCUUGGACGUGUAUGUCCCGAAGAAAGUUCUGGAUAGUGUAGGGAGUGGUGGUCCUGCGGUGCCGGUAUUGGUCCAGAUCUAUGGAGGCGGUUAUGUUUCUGGGUCGAAAGAUUUGAAUCCUUCCGGGUUCUUUGUGAGGGAUCAGGAGCAGGGUGGAAAUGGACUUAUUACAUACAUUUCCAAAUUCGGCGGCAACCCCAAAAACGUCACAGUCAUCGGCGAGAGUGCCGGAGGGGGCUCCAUCAUGCAUCAAAUCACUGCAUACAGUGGCGCCAACGGACCUGCCCCUUUCCAGAAAGCUAUAAUUCAAAGUCCAGGCAUGGAGCCCCAGAUAAACGAUGGCCAACGGAACACAGACUAUGCGAACUUUUUGCAGCUGGCGGGCGUCUCGAAUGUGGCGCAGGCGAGGCAGUUGCCAUUCACGACGGUGCAUGUGGCGAAUGUAAAGCAGAUCUACAAUGCUCCAUAUGGACAAUUCGCGUAUGGCCCUUCCGCAGAUGGCACGUCUGCACCGGAUCUAGCGGCCAAGUUGCUUUUGAACGGGAAAUUCGAUCGGAGUGUUGCUGUUGUGGUUGGGCAUAAUGUUAAUGAGGGCAUCGGCUUCACCAACCCCUUUGUGCAGAACGACACCUACUUCAAGCAAGUCAUCGGCAGCUGGAUCCCAGCCCGCGUCGCCACGGCGAGAGUCUUUGACGGAAGCCAGGGCUACACGGAUCAGAUUGGGAGGACAGAUAAGGCGCUCACUGAACUGGUCUUUACGUGCAACACUUUCUAUCUUGACAAGGCCUUCAACAACCUAACGCAUGCCUACCUCUUCGCCGUGCCGCCCGCCAUCCACGGCACCGACAUCCCUUACACGUACUACAGCGGCGCCUCGUCCAACGAUGCUGGCGUGCAAGUCGCUGUCAAUAUGCAAAGAUAUUUCCUCAACUUCGCCAGGACGGGCGAUCCUAAUGGUAAAGAUGUUGUAGCUUGGCCGGCGUACUCUAGUGCUGCGCAAGUGAAAGUGUUCAACACGACCGGCAAUCUCAGGAUGCAGAGGGACGAUGUGGCGAAUGAGAGGUGUAAUCUCUGGGAAGAGAAGUUGUGA